AUGCACGUCUUGAAGGCGCCGUUAAAGCAGAAGAGCCCCCUCACUCGGGGCCAGGUCGAGAACUUGGAGCUCUUUGUCAUCCGGGCCUCGAGCAGGCAUGCAUGCAUUGCUGGACAACUUCUUUUCUGCUUCCAUUCGGGGGCCAGAUGGCGAGACCUGCAAACCUUGAGACAUGUUGACCUGGAGAUUGACCCGGCUACAGGUGAUGCUUUGGUCUACGGUGAGGCGCUGACUUCCAAGACAACAAUUACGGCCAAGGCCAAAACUACCCUGCUUCCCUAUGUCGGGGUAGGGCUGGGACUAUCUGGGCACCCGUGGGCUGCUGCUUGGAUUAAGGCUCGCCAACAAGAGGGCCUUGCCAAUGGUGAUCCAUUCCUCCCCACUUUCUGUGAGCGGAAGGGAGCCUGGGGGUCGCAGAGGAUGUCGGCUUCAGAGGCUAGUAUCUACUUGAGGGAGUUUCUCCAGAACAUGUGUAAUGAGAGUGGUGACUUGAAGGACUUGGGUACCCAUUCGCUGAAGAGGACUUUGUUGAGCUGGGCGGGCAAGUCCCACCCGGUUGUGUUUUCCCACGCAGAGCGUCGUCUUCUUGGACAUCACUUGGAUCAGGAGAACAAGUCCGUGGUCAUUUACUCCAAGGACGCCUAUGUGGCCUUGUACGGGCGAGUUUUGGGAAUGUUUGAUUCUAUCCGGUCGGGAUCUUUCGACCCCGACAUGAGGGCAGUCGAAAGAAUGAAGGUCAUCGCGCAACGGCUGGCCCAUGUCGACGACGAGGCCGAGGAUGAUCCGAGAAUCGCACAACGUGGCAGGACUGCCGCGCUUGAGGGCCCAGAGCCUGAUGGUGCUGAUUCCGAGGCCGGCAGUCUGAGCUCUGGAUCAGAGGCGCCGGAGGACAGCUUGCAGCUGCCAGUCGGGGCUAAGGUCAGGUCGCCUUUUAAGGGCGUGGACUUGACGGCUUGCUGGACUCAUAAAGUUUCUGGCAUAACUCAUGUUAUCCGUGAUGAGAAAACUUUGAUGUGCGGUCGUUACCUGUCCUCUAAUUUUGUUCGCACAGAGGAGGCAGGGAUCGCUGGAGUGAACCCAGAGUGUUGCCAUCAGUGCAACAGGCUCUUCGUGACACGUUGGCCGGUCUUGGAGAACCGGUGUUGGCAACGUGGGGGGGCCUUCGUGACGCGGAUUUUGCCUGCUCACUUUGUGAGUCGUGAUGGACGAGAGCUGCUG